GCCAUAUUGGAAUGGGGCAUAGAUGACCGUUUCCCGUAGCUGGAAGCUGGAUUUGUGUUGCCUUUGUAAGUUUAUUUCGGUCGUUUUCAGUCGAGAGUGAAGUUACGCCGCGACGUCACACGGUUCGGCCCCGGUUCGUUUCUUUAUCGGCUGUUAAAGAGAUGAGCAGCAACAUAAACAAGAGGGCACCAACAACAGCAACACAAAGAUUAAAGCAGGACUAUCUGCGCAUAAAGAAAGACCCGGUCCCAUACAUAUGUGCAGAACCUCUCCCCUCAAACAUUUUGGAGUGGCACUAUCUUGUCCGUGGUCCUGAGAAAACUCCUUACGAAGGGGGUUAUUAUCAUGGCAAGCUUAUAUUCCCCAGAGAAUUCCCUUUCAAACCACCAAGCAUAUACAUGAUAACACCCAAUGGCAGAUUUAAAUGUAAUACAAGAUUAUGUCUGUCCAUCACUGAUUUUCACCCUGACACCUGGAACCCAGCAUGGUCAGUGUCCACCAUCCUGACUGGUCUUUUGAGCUUCAUGGUAGAAAAAGGCCCCACCCUCGGCAGCAUUGAGACCUCUGAUUUCACAAAAAGACAGCUUGCUUCGCAGAGUCUAGCCUUCAACAUUAAGGACAAAGUGUUCUGUGAGCUGUUUCCAGAUGUUGUUGAUGAGAUCAAGCAGAAGCAGCGCGUGCAGGAGGAGCUAAGUUCACGCUCUCAGGCCCUUCCUCUCCCUGACGUGGUGCCGGACGGAGACACCCCCCACCACGCACAGAACGGCCACCCAGGCCUGAAUGGGCACCUGCCCCCAGGGGAGGCCCAUCAGCCCCCUGACCUCCAGCAGGUCAACCGUAACCACGGACUCCUGGGAGGAGCACUCGCUAACCUGUUCGUCAUCGUUGGCUUCGCUGCUUUCGCCUACACAGUCAAAUACGUGCUGCGGAGCAUUGCACAGGAAUGAACAAAGAAUCCCCAGCUCCCCCAAAAUAAAGUAAAAACCUGAAGAUGGAGCAGAGAUGGAGGGAGGCAGAGGACUGGACCUGCUGUCACGACCAAAAUGAGGAGGUAGUUUCUUGUUUUGCCCAAAUCAAACCCAAACAAGUACACAUGGCUAUUGGAUCGAGUAAGUAGCCAAGCAAAUGAAAUCGAAAGCCAUGUGACCCCCUCCUGUACGUCUGUAAAGACAGUCAAGCUGCCGCUGUGUGGAAGGUCCCCUCAAAGCCAAGUCCCAGUGUACUUUGAGUUAAAGAAAUGCAAGUGCAAGACUUUUGUCUAUGUCCAGCCCUCCAUUAUAAAUGGAUAUGGUUGUGUUUUUUGAGUUCCAGGAGUAUUUAUGUUGCUCAACCUAAUCUCUGUGUGCCACAUCUGUAGCAUGAGGUCACUUACCACAAACAAUACAUUCCCUGUAAACAGAAAAUCAGUUUAGUCUAAAUAUACAUAAAGUUGUAUGCAGAAGUUUGGGCAACUCCGGUCUUCUAAGUGAAGAAAAGUGAACACAUCCUCUACAGAGAACACACUUCUGCACAUUUUAAUGCACAGUUACUGUUUAUUUGCUAAAUUUAACAUUGCAUGCGUUUACAUUUACUCAAUUAUCCGAUCAUAAACGGAUUUAGCAGUUAACCAAUUAUUCAAAUGGUAAUGAAACACCAUAUUCUGAUCCAGAAAUCUGAUUAUGAAAUCCAAUAAAGAGAGCUAGAUUUUAGCUCAGUAAUCAGAUUUCUCAGGAAAAAGCCACAGCAUGAAGCUUGAGUUUUACAUUACAUUUACAUCACAUCUUCUGCGAGUUUAUUGGCUGGUUGCAGAGCAGAAAUCCGCUUAAUGUUACUGUCUGACUCAUGCAGACCAGGAGUUUUCACAUGAUCUGAGUACUCAAGUGCAUAUUAACUCGUUGAUGGGAUUACUGACAAAAUCAGAUUUUUUGCAGUUAUCAGAUUAUUAAGUGCAUGUAAUUGCACUUAUUAUGAUUUAAUAGUAUGAUUUUUGUUUCAAUAUGUUAAACUCGGCAAGGAAGUAGAAACUGCACUAAAAUUAGCAGAACAGUGCUAUAUUUAAGAUAAGAGGAUGCAUUCUUGUUUUCACCAGCAAAACAUCAUUUCACCAGGGCUGUACUAAUUUCUGCAUUGGAUUAUAUAUUAGAACCCCAAAAGCUGAUGUCCUGCCCAUCAGCUGCAUUUAAAGCCAACAGGUUUUCUGUUCUUUUAGCAAAGUACAGGGAAGCCCGAUCAAAAUGACUGUAUGUGGUAACCGACCAUUUGAUGCGGAUGCAGCAGAUCGAGAUUAGGUUAAAGAACACUGGCGUAUUCCAAUGUGUGGCCAUGACGUGGAUCCAAACAGGUGGUGUAACACCACCCCUUGUUCUGCGCGUCAUCUGUUGGUGAAAUUUCAGUAAGAUUUCACAAGAUGCUCUUGAAAAAUUCUGAGUGAAGGAAAAGGUGAGGUUGAUUAAGUGUGGAGAUCAUUCCCAAAAUGCAUUCACCAUCGUCGUGAUCAACUGCAAUAUUUUACGGUUUAUCUUAAUGAGAGUGGGUAGACUAUAAACAUGCUCUACCUUUACAAAGGUUUGUAAUAUGGAAAUAUGCCCUUGUCAGUGAUAAAUCUGGUGCACUUGAUGAUUUUAUUUUCCAUGUAGGGUUCAGUGCGUCACCGAACUAGUAUCUGAUUUGACCAUUAGGAAGAGAAAUUACAAUAUAACUUAUAUCAGCUAUAUCAAUCCUUAUGGCUGCAUAGAUGUGAUCCACAAAUUGGGACAUAGACAGUCACUCAUUUCUGGUACUAGAGCAACCAGUCAGGUUCUGCUUUAUUCCAAAACGUAAUUCUUGGUAGCUGGAAUUGAGGUCUUUCAGGCAUCUCUCGUCAAUAUUUUCAUAAAUGAAUUCUAUUAGACCAUCCAACACUAUGAUUUAUUCUACUGUAUGUGUAUUUGUGGGAUAUUCACUACUACGCUUUUAUAGCACAGCACACAUCAACAGACACAAAACUAUUUUUGUUUUGUGUUUUUUUGUUUUUGUUUUUUUUGUUUUUUGGCUUUUCAAGGGUUGUGACUUGUGCAAUAUUCUUCAACAGAUUUAAAUAAAUGUUCAUUUGAUUCUCUUCCUAGACAUAAACUCUUUAUUGUUCAUUUAAUUUCAGAAAUCACUUCUGUAGUUCAUGGAUUACCAUGAAAGUUUCGUUUUUCUGGACUUGAAAGCACUGAGCAGCUUUUCACCCUGAUCACAGUGACUUAAAAGAAUACCGCCAGCAUUUUUCAGCCUGAUCUAUAGUUGCAGCCUCUGUAGAAUAAAGAUUUCCACAGAUGGUAAUUUUGACACUAAGACCGUCAGAAUUCUUGCAUAAUCACCUGAAUGCAAUUGUUAUUAUUUGCAGUUGUUUUCUGAAGUAGUUCGCUUUCAGAAUCAAAAUUUCUGUGGCAAUGAACAGAUUAUGAAUUGGGUGCGAUUUCGUCAGUUGAGUUGAGGCAAAUACAUGUAAAUAAGCAGAAAAGGCGUUUUUUAAGAUCCAUUAUGGGUCUAAUGAAAAUGAAAGUUCUUGCUAGUGCCAUGACCACCUUUAGAGGGCAGCAGUGAGUAAUGCUUGCUAAUAACUCCAUUAGAGGGCAGUGGCGAGUAAUGUUUGUUUAUUUGCGCUUGAGCUGUUGGGAGCUAUUAAAUAUAGAUAGGAAGCAAGAUGGCUAAUCAACCAAUUUGGCCACUUUGGACUUGUUUAAUAUUUACAUGCAAUUACAAAAAAGUAAAUUAUGUAUAUGAUAAUUACUUGUCGGCUAAAGUUUCACAAUCGUGACAGCCCUGUUUGACACUUUUCUCUGUUCUUGGUAAAAGAGAUUGAAUCAAAACACACUUAUAAGUCAGCACCUGCUGAAGUACCUGCCCAUUGGCUUCUGUUGUAAGAGCGUUUAGAAUCAGUUUCUGUUUUAUUGAAUAUACGAGCAAAUUGUCCUGUGAUAAGCAAAAAAGAUCAGGCUGAAAAGUAUUCCUUUAAGUUACCUCGAAUAAACACAUGACCGAGGAGAUGUGACAAAACUAGUCCAGUGCAUGAGCUUGUCCAGAUCAGGGGCUAGUUUCUCUGCCAAGGAUUAAGAAUGAUCAUGGCCAAUAUUAUGCUUUUAAUGCAACAUCUCCAUUCACAAUCCUGUGUAGUCCAGGACUGUGUUUAAUCCCUGUCCAGGAAACCUGCCCCAGAUGCCUGAAAGUAUUCCGGUGCGUCAUUCGUUGGUUGAUAUCUGCCCAUACAAGCUCGAAGGAAAUUGCGAUUGACUUGGUACAAGUGUGCUCAGGCCACUUGACGCACUUUCACAAAUACGUUGUCUUUUCCAGGCCUGUACUUGGCUCUUUUGCGACUCCAUGAACGCUAUGGAAUAAUAAUGUUCCCCAAGGAGGGAUGUGUAAUCAAAAAAGAAUCAUGUUUGUUUACAGUUGGAAUAAAUACCAUUCUGAUAAAUAA